CUCCCGCCAGGGCCCAGAGAGACGCGGACGGAGCGCCGCCGCCGCCCGCCCCCCGCCGCCUCUGCCGCCCGCGCCCGAGCCCGCACUCAUGGCUCUGUGCAACGGAGACUCCAAGUUGGAGAAUGCUGGAGGAGACCUCAAGGAUGGCCGCCACCACUAUGAAGGGGCCGUUGUCAUUUUGGAUGCUGGGGCUCAGUAUGGAAAAGUCAUCGACAGAAGAGUGAGGGAGCUGUUUGUGCAGUCUGAGAUCUUCCCUCUGGAAACACCAGCGUUUGCCAUCAAAGAGCAAGGAUUUCGCGCCAUCAUAAUCUCUGGCGGACCAAAUUCUGUGUAUGCAGAAGAUGCCCCCUGGUUUGACCCGGCGAUCUUCACCAUUGGCAAGCCAGUCCUUGGAAUUUGCUACGGCAUGCAGAUGAUGAAUAAAGUGUUUGGAGGUACUGUGCACAAAAAAAACGUGAGAGAAGAUGGAGUCUUCAAUAUCAGCGUGGACAACACCUGCUCCUUAUUCAGGGGUCUUCAGAAGGAAGAGAUCGUGCUACUCACACAUGGAGACAGCGUGGACAAAGUCGCUGAUGGAUUCAAGGUUGUGGCCCAGUCUGGGAACAUCGUGGCAGGUAUAGCAAACGAAUCUAAAAAACUGUACGGAGUGCAGUUCCACCCGGAGGUUGGCCUUACGGAAAAUGGGAGAGUGAUCCUGAAGAAUUUCCUGUACGACAUUGCCGGGUGUAGCGGGACCUUCACAGUUCAGAACCGAGAGCUCGAGUGCAUUCGUGAGAUCAAGGAGCGAGUGGGGACAUCCAAGGUUCUGGUUUUACUUAGUGGUGGCGUCGACUCAACAGUCUGUACGGCUCUGCUGAAUCGGGCUUUGGACCGAGAUCAGGUCAUCGCUGUGCAUAUAGAUAAUGGCUUUAUGAGGAAGAGGGAGAGCCAGUCUGUGGAAGAGGCCCUCAGGAAACUGGGAAUUCAGGUCAAAGUGGUAAAUGCUGCGCAUUCUUUCUACAAUGGCACAACAACUUUACCGAUAUCUGAGGAAGACAGAACACCCCGAAAAAGAAUCAGCAAGACGUUAAACAUGACCACAAAUCCUGAGGAAAAAAGAAAAAUCAUUGGAGACACCUUUGUUAAGAUCGCCAACGAAGUCAUUGGAGAGAUGAACCUGAAACCAGAGGAGGUGUUCCUUGCCCAGGGAACGCUAAGGCCUGAUCUGAUUGAAAGCGCCUCCCUCGUGGCGAGUGGCAAAGCUGAAGUCAUCAAAACGCAUCACAAUGAUACGGAGCUCAUCAGAAAGCUGAGAGAGGAGGGAAAAGUCAUAGAGCCUCUGAAAGACUUCCAUAAAGACGAAGUGAGAAUUUUAGGCAGAGAGCUCGGUCUCCCCGAAGAGCUGGUCUCUAGACAUCCAUUCCCAGGUCCAGGCCUGGCAAUAAGAGUGAUAUGUGCUGAAGAGCCUUAUGUAUGUAAAGACUUUCCUGAAACCAACAACAUUUUGAAAAUAGUAGCUGAUUUUUCUGCAAGUGUUAAAAAGCCUCAUACCCUGUUACAGAGAGUAAAGGCUUGUACAACAGAGGAAGACCAGGAGAAGCUCACGCAGAUCACCAGCCUGCAUCCGAUCAGCGCCUUCCUGCUGCCGAUCAAAACUGUGGGGGUGCAGGGGGACUGCCGCUCCUACAGUUACGUCUGUGGCAUCUCCAGUAAAGACGAGCCUGACUGGGAAUCCUUGUUUUUUCUCGCGCGGCUGAUCCCACGCAUGUGUCACAACAUUAACAGGGUGGUCUAUGUCUUCGGUCCCCCUGUCAAGGAGCCUCCCACGGACGUCACGCCCACCUUCCUGACCACCGGUGUGCUCAGCACGCUGCGGCAAGCUGACUUUGAGGCACACAACAUCCUCAGGGAGUCUGGGUAUGCUGGGAAGAUCAGCCAGAUGCCGGUGAUUUUGACACCGCUGCAUUUUGACCGGGACCCUCUUCAGAAGCAGCCGUCCUGCCAGAGAUCAGUGGUUAUCCGAACCUUUAUCACGAGCGACUUCAUGACUGGUAUUGCAGCAACACCGGGCAAUGAGAUUCCUGUAGAGGUGGUGCUGAAGAUGGUCACCGAGAUUAAGAAGAUCCCGGGUAUUUCUCGAGUUAUGUAUGACUUAACAUCAAAACCCCCAGGAACUACUGAGUGGGAGUAGUCAGCCUCCUCGGACCGAGUGCUGUGUGCCGUUUGAUGACCAGAGACAUUCCCAGUGUUGACAUGCAGUACUGUGAGGAGAGCGACUGGAGCCGCUCCUUCCCACCUGGGCGCUCCCGGAGCGGCCGUCGCCAGGGAAGGGCUGUGUGGGAAGCCUGCCUGAGUGGGGCCGAGGAUUUGUACGGGUAACUAGCCAAGGCGCCACGGCCUGCGCUCAGACACUCAUCUGACUCUUGCCUUUGUGUUCACGCAUUUGUUCUGUUCUGGGUCUUACUGUUACAGUCACCAGGCUGCCUCUUUGUUCUCUAAAGGCAUACACCCCUCCUUCUGGGGGCUCGGGGCUGGGUGGGAGCACCUGUGGGUGAUUGGUCAAUCAACUGAUUCAUCCGCAUCUUUGGGGAAACUAAGGUCACAGGUAAAUCACCUUCCUCCCUCCCCCACCCUGGGGAUUCACAUAUCAGACCAUCACUGGCAUGGGAGGAUUUGGGAGCUGUAGAAGUUAGGACUCUUUGGAAUGGGGGGAACCUUUGCAGAUGCCUAGGAAUGUGGUGCCCCAGUCCGGCCCUCUGGGGCGAGGACACGCCAACAGCCUUGGGAACUUUGUUGUCACUAGUAAGAGCCUUGAGUUGUCUCAGUUUCACUUGUGCUAGAAUCACACAGCUUUUUAAUGCUAACGUUGUUCCUAAGAAUAAAAGGAGAAAGUAACGUGUCUGCAGCUGUUCUUGUCUUGAGACAGGGAUACCUUCCUGGGAUGGCUCUUCCUCUGCCCAGGUAGGUCUUGUCCUCUUAGGCCCGAGGCACCGGCCCGGACAGCCCGGCAGUGAUAAGACAGGCCCUGUCUUCUCCAGAACAGACGCUCUCGGGUGACAGAGAGCGGCAGGGCAGCACGGUAUCGCGUGUGACAAGGGCUGCAUGUGGAGGGAGGGCUGGGGACUCAUAGGUCUUGAUGGAAGGGCGGGCCCCCCACUGAGCCACGCUGGUGGGUGAUGGAAGGUGAAGAGCUGACGGCCGGCCAGGAAAACUUCUCUUGCACUUCCCUUAAUAAUGGAGCCUGAGCACCCCAAGGGCCUUGUCCUUCUGUUAUGGGGUAACCAGGGCCCUUCGCAAACAGGCCACCUGGCUACCCUCAGUCCUAGCUGUUCGCCUCUUCAGGUAGAAGUACUGACCUCCACUUAGGGUCUGGGGGACGAGCGAGCAUCCCAAAGCCUGCCUCCCUCCCAGCUAGCCCAGAGGACAGGGAGACCUGAGGCCCUGGGCUGCUGAAGGAAGAAUUGGUCUCUGCCCUACAUGGAGAGAUGGGAGUAAUUGGCCUGUGCACAGCCUCACGGAGCUCAGCUUCUCCUGGUCAAAAUGAUGCUGUCUUUUUGACUCUGAUGUACUGGACGGUGCCGGCACGUGUAUUCAAAGCACCUUAGACUUCUAGUCAGGGCCCUUUUAAGUGAGUUGUGGGACCGGCCCGUCUGGUGUCUCUGAAUUGGCCGUGGAGGCCAGGAGUGUCCAUUUCUGGAGAGAAGCUGCCCACUUAGGAAUUUGGUAUCUUAAGCAAAGACCAAGGACUUCAUAACAACCUAACGUACCUAAGACAAUCCUUGGAACAUAAAAAUGCCCAAUUACCUCAUACAACAUUGGCAGAACACGUUAAACCAUUUUCUCAUUGGGUUUUCACAACCACCCUGUGAAUUAAGGAGACCCGAGUCUGGUGCAGUGACUGGGCCUCGGUCACACAGCUAAGACGUGAACAGACCUCAAACUCGGCCUCAGACCAGUGCUCUACUGGCUGCACGUUGGGUAGAGUUAUAAGCCUUCAUUCAGCUGAAUUAGGGGGGGUCUUUUGGGAGGACCCCUCUUGACUGAGGCUCUUAGAGAUUUAGUAUGGAAUUGCCUCGGUGAACCAGCACAUGAGGUCACACACUGGCUUAACACCCACCUCUGAAGGUGUAUCCAAGCUAAGGGGGUAGAAUUUGGCACCAGACUCCUUAGUGACCAGAAAGGUGAAGCAAACCGGCAAUGGUGCUGCCUCACAGGUGAGCCGAGGUGAAGCCGUUCUAAGCUUCUGCGGCCUUCUCUAGGACCGGAGCCAACUCUUAGGAGCGGCACUCCGCUUUGUGGGGAGCUCUAGUGGUUAGAAAGUUCUUCCUUAUGUCAAGCCUGAAGUGGCCCUGCUGGUUGGCAAAAUGACUGUCACUACAUAAUUGCCACAGCUAAAGACACGGUGCAGUGUUGCUGAAAGAAGGAGUGAAUGAGUUAGUGAAGAAUGCUGGGUUAGAAGGUACAAGGCUUUGAAGCUUGUCUCAGACUUUUAUUAGCUGUGUGACCCCGGGCUCUAUUGCAGGUUCCUUCCCUCCACAUACACUGACUGCCCUGUCUCCAAAUGUCAGGAAUUUCUGGGAUAUCAAACUUGAUCUUUUUAAAGGAAACUUACAACCUACAUUCCCAGCUGCUUCCGUGGACCCUGAGAUGAAUUCGGGCUGCAUUGAGAGGCUUGGUAGACUGGGGAGGAGGGGAGGGAUAGUAGUCCCCUCAGGAGUGGCAAGAGCCGGGUCCAUCCACGUGAAAUGGAGAACCUGGAGCAGGAGAAAGGACAUUGGCGGUGAAGGGUUAGGGGAACUGAAAUUUCCAGAUGGUACUUUCCAGUUCUCAAGCCCCAGGACCUCUGUUUGAGAGCCCACUUUGCUGUGUGACCAUGGGCCAUUCACUGCUCUGAGCCCGUUCUAGCUUCACGAUUCCGUCGUAGUGUUGGCUUUGAUGUGCUGAGAGGGGAGAUGGUUUGGGGCCACAUCAAAGGUCUGGAUGAUCUCUCUCCCUAUCCCUUCUGCACUGAGAGAACUCCUACAGGUCGUCAUUCUGCUGUAGGUCAUCCUGCCACUGUCCUGAGGUAGGUGAGCUUUGCAUCAUCUGGCUCCUCAGCAGGCAGCUUGGCGUUAGUCCAGAAUGCAAAGCAAGAGAAACCGUCAGCUCCUCCCUUUGUCGUACAGCUGAACAAUCAGGCCCGGCCCGGUGAAAGGGCUAGAACCCAAGUCUCCAACUUCCUGGUCAUUGGGCCUCAUGGCAAGACCUAACCUACUGAGCACUGUCGGUGUCCCCUCUGGGGGGUAGGUCUCGAGAGCCGUAAAACAUUGGAGAGUCGGUCUAUUCCCUCCUAAGCCCUAAAAGCUACAUACAGCUCCAAAGUUCCCCUACAGGUGCCCCCCGUCAUAACCCCAAUUUGGAGUCCAUCUGUGCCUUUAGAGAAUAAAGGGUCCAUGACAGUAAACUCUCCUUUUUGUGUUUAUUUACAUUUACUAAGACUAUUGUUACAACUUCUUCAUGGAAAAUGGAAAAAAAAAUGUGACCAACUGCUUUUGAACAGAUUUGUUACAAAUAAAUAUUUUGCCAAAUGGAAUAGCGUAGUAGAUAUUGUUGAAUUGUGGAAAUAUGCCGUGUUUGUGGCUGUGUGCUGUUCGUCUGCUCCUUGCUGUUCAGGCAGCAACGUUGAAACCACAGUAACCUGGCUAAGAUUGUGUGAAAUGACCUUCAUCUUUCUCUUGCUGUCUUUUAUCCUUUUGCUUUCCUGGAAAACAACAGAACUGUUUGUUUAUAAGACUUCGAUCCUCUCGUUCCUUAAGCUUUGGUGUCUGUGAUCAAAUGGGAGUGAGGAAGCCAGAGAGGACGCUCUGCCGGCGUCUGCAGAGCGAGGCUGGAAACACCGGCAUCACAUUGUCUGGUAACAGUGACCGGCAUCCUUUGGAUGGAGUCACUGAAGUUUAUGAUCUUAGCGCCUGUGUUCUCUCAUCAGAUCCUUACAAUGCUGCUAGGAGGUAGCUGGUGCGGGGCUCACAGCCACUUGACAGGUGGAGAGGACGGAGCUUUAGCCAGGGUCACACCAUAAAGAGGGGCUGGGGCCGGGACUGGGCUCCUGGUCCGGUGUGCCCCAUCCUACGUUAGAGGAUGUUGAACUUUUAUCUAGAAUGUGAAUAUCAGACAUAAAGUCACCAGCGAAGGGUGCGUAUACUCUUCCUUUCAUUUUUCUUUUUGAAAUUCCAUGGACAAGAAGCCUUCGAAUACAUAUGCAAACCUGCCCUGACCUCUUGCACAUGCCUUUUUCUAUUGGGCCAGAUUGGGUUUCACAGUAGCAUCUCGAAGAUGUCCUUACCUUUAUUGAUUUGAUUUCAAGGCGGGUGUUGAUCCAUCAGGAAUAAGGGUUUCGAUGGCGGUUUACUCGUCGCUGUAUGAUUACUGAAGGCUGUGUGCUCUCCACAAAAGAGAAUCGUUAGUCCCACUGGCCACACUCCUCUGGUAUGUUUCCUUGAGGCCAAAGGCCCAGUGCCUUCAACUACCCGAGAAGUUUGGGUGUUUGGGUAGAAUUGUCUCGGUGUGGCAUUCUGGCUUCAGAAGAGUGCUUGGCACCUUUAGUGGGCAUUUGUCCAGUCGAACAGAACUUGAAAAAAUAAAAUGAUCUCCACACAGUGGACUCCUACACAGUUAGAACUGUCAUUGCCCUCCCCCAAAUUCUAGGCCAAUUGUAUGAAAAGCCAUACUUCCCACCACAGUCCUGUCCCGUUUUAUUUACCGAAGCUUGUUAGUGGAUUUUUAGUUCUGUUGAUUUAUGUAACAGGUUAUAGGAAAAGCAGCUUGGAACCACCACUUACCCUGUAUUGGAGGGAGAUAGCCAAUGUUCCUGUAUCUGCCGUGCUCGUUCUAAAUGUUGUGACACGCAGUGUUGCUCUCGAGGAGGUGUGUAGUACCUUUGUGAUCUCCAGUGGUCCACGUGAUAGCGACUGAAACGCUAUGAUCCUCUGGGUUGUCGUGGAAGCCUACCUUCACAGUACCCCUUCUGGGGCUCCAUACACACCCUUGCCUGAUUAUACUGUAAGUGUUAGUAUUGCUUUUAAGUAGGAAAAAUGUCACAUAGAUGUUUAAUUUAAGAUGAAGAACUUGACAGGAUAUAAGAAAAAUUCCUCCCAUGAGUUAUUUGAUAACCCCCCUUGCCUCUACUGUGGUUGGUUGUGCUUCAUCAGAGCCCCAGAAUGGAAGGCAUUCUAUGGUGCUGACCCUUUUUCAUUUUUUUGAGCAGAUCCCAUGUACAAUGAAUUGUUUAUAUGCCCUGACCACCAAAGGUUCAAGCGAGCCUCCUCGAGGUGCUUGAGUGGACCUUGUAGCAGAUGGGUGGAAUCUCAUGGCCAGAAGUGAUUAGAUAAACAAGAGAAAAUGUAGGGGGAAUUGGAGGCAAAUAGACUUGACACCGUUAGCUUCUCUUAGCUCUGGCUGACAAGAAGUGAUUAGAGAGAGGCUUAAAGCUUCAGCACUGAAGGAGGGAGCAUCCUUUGAAGCUGUCACAUGUGUGCUUUUAAAGGCCAGUCUCUUCAAGCGUUUAAUCGAAACUGGUAUUUCUGAUUUGAUUACAUUAAGUCUUCAUUCCCCCUUGGUAGAGUUAAGUUACAGCUUCUCUUAAGGUAUCGCUUAGAAAGGCGUGGAUGUGAUCCCAGCAUCGAGAGAAUGGGUUUUCCUGGUUUUGUUGGAACGUGUUGCAAAGAUUUAGAUAUUUAAAUAACUCGUUAUCUUUAUAGGAGUGGUGUAAUGAUCAUAUCAUAUAUAUAUAUAUCUAUCUAUCAACUUGUACAUGUAUAUGGUAUGUGUGUAUCCAAGUUUGGUGUAUCCAUUCGUUCCCUUUUGAGCUACCUGGCAAAUGACCUUUGUCAGAACUGUCGUCAUUCUUAUAGAGGUUUCUAACAACCCUGUGCUUUUGAAAACAAUUUCUGCUAGAGAAGUAAUGAUUUUCAUCCGCUGGGUUUAGAAUCAUCAAAAUAUCUCAUGUACAGAAUUGUGACUAGAUUUAAGGAUUCCCUUGUGUCAAAUAAUGGGAAAUAAAUGUGUGUACUGUACGUUUGGGGAAAUGCUGGGUGGCUUUUUUAAAAUCUUAGAGUAAAGUGGACAGCAGUUAUCCCAGCCCGCCUUGAAUGUGUUUUAUGGAGUUUACACAGUGUAGUGUUUUCUUUGUUGUUUCCCCCCACCCCCCCCCCCCCCCCCCCCCCCCCC